AUGUCGGACAAUGUCGAGGUUCGUCUGCUCCACAUCAGGCAAACCUCCAAACGUUUGAUAUCUUCUUUGGUCGCUGCUGCGGGUGGUGUUCUGUACAAAGUCACCGGUUACAAACAUGCCUUUUCCAUUGACGACCCGGCAAUAUCCUAUCCGCUGGCUGCCGACACCGUUUCCAUCACUAUCGUUGGCAUAGUCGCCUGCGGUAUACCUGCUGUUGUCAUCUUGGUUCUUGCUCUUCUCAUCCCUUCUUCUAGUAUUGAAGCUUCAGGGAAGCUAGGCACAGAGGGCACUUGGAACCGUCGGUUGUGGGAAUGGCACGCGGGAUGGUUAGGUCUUGGCCUCAGCCUGUCAGGGGCAUUCUUUAUCACUUCUGGCCUCAAGGAUGUUGUGGGAAAACCUCGUCCUGACUUGCUUGCUCGCUGCGACCCUGAUCUUUCCAAUCUCGCUGCUCAUUUGGUCGGGGGUCUUGGCCUUAAGGAAACAUCAGCACCCAUAUUGGUUGACACUAGCAUCUGCCAGAACCCAGAUUCAAGUGUAAUUAAAAACGGGUUUGCUGCUUUCCCCUCUGGUCACUCUUCCUUCUCUUGGGCAGGAUUGCUCUACUUAUCACUCUGGCUCAGUGUGAAGUUUGCUAUCACUUUCCCGGUUCCCUUUCCAAUGCCUUCACGCACCGGACAGGGAGCCGCACAGGCCGGUCUCGUUCACAAUGCCAAUGAAACAGGAUCUUUUCGCUCUUCGGCAGCAGCCCCGCCACUUUACCUCCUCCUACUCGUUAUCAGCCCGGUAGCUGCGGCUCUUUACAUCUGCGCGACCCGCUAUGCUGAUUACAUGCACGCUGGCUGGGAUAUACUGGGCGGCAGUCUAAUCGGCAUGGUUUUUGCUUAUAUGGGUUUCCGUUGGUAUCACAUUCCAUUCGGUGAUGGUGGAUGGGCUUGGGCACCGCGGUCAGCACAGGGGGCGUUCGGGCUGGCUUUCGGGAGCUCAAAUUUUGCCGGGAAUGAAGGACAAACCAGGGACGUGAGGAGGAACACAAAUGGGUACGAGGAUUUAGAGCUUGGGCCUGUACGUUAA